CUGCUGAAGUGUGCGAACCGAUCUCCUGAGCCCCUUUUGGUCCCCACUUGCGGCCUGUAGGAGGGGAGUGAAUAUAACCAAUGGGGAAAAAGUCGCGGGCGGGGGGUCGAUGUGGCCGUUUUGUGGCAAAGCAUUAUUGUGCAGGCAGGCGAUGAGAAGUGAGUGGGAGGAGUGGGAGUUCGGUUAUCCGGAUCGGCUCGGUAAAUGUUACACCUUAUCUUUGGGCAAGAUCUACGACAUGCCUAUCAGGACUGGGGCCUGAGCUUUCCCGGGCAAUUUCUACCGGUUCCCCUUGUUCCCUUGCACAGCCUGCAGGAAGAUCUGGACUCCGAGUCAAAUCCACCUCUCGUAGUAUUUCAGAGAUGGGAUUUCGGAAACCUUCGAAUGCCAUGGUCUACCAGUCUGCCGCAUCAUCUACGUCACGGUUAUCAUGAAUGCAGGAGAGGGCGGCUUCGGUUGACACCCCAAAACGAUCAUUCUUCUUUUCUGCCACAAGAGCUACGUCACAAUCAUCUCCAGACCCGACCCUGCCUCCACUUUUCUCUUUUGCUCAUUUCCAACGUACUCGAGUGAGCACUUUCACCAACUGGUGUGUUCCCGUCCGGCAAUGUACGCGUCUCUUCUAGCCCAGCAAAGCCUUCGUGUUCCCGUCCGCUGCGAAAGACAGAAUUAUUCAAGAUAGGGAACUUUUCGCGUCAAAACAUCGCCCCAACAGUUCGUUAGCUUUCGCAGUUUUGACUUUUAGGUACCGUAGAUAGUCCUCAGAGAGAGGUAGUUAGGACAUUAGAUUCAACCCAAAAAAGACAAUGACUCACUCGGGGAUGGAUCUCCUCGCCGGGCAAACUGGUUGGAACUUACAAUCGCUCGGGAGCAAAUUCACCCUGUCAAAAGUUUUUGUGGUUGAAACAUUUACCUUACUACCUGGACUGAGUGAGAUACUCCCGAGUGAGAACCAUAUGUUUUUUUUUGUUUCGUUAGCAGAGAGGUGAUCUGCAGCAGGAGGGGUGGCCGAUUUGAGCUAAGUCGAGAAAGGGCAUGACAGAAUUUGGUCGUGGUGGCCGCCGAAAGAAGUUAGCACUUGAUAGGAAGCCCACAUACAGCAAUUCACAGCAAGUCACAACUGAAGCGGUACUCUGCAUCGUGUAUUUUGUGGAAUGGUGUGCCUCGAGGACUUCUUCUGUUGCAACAUGUGUUGCAAGCUUAGCGUCCUACCGUCUUCGGGAGGGCUAUGGUCCAAUGCCUUGCGCGGGGGAUAGAUCUCUUCACAAGCCUGCUGCAGAUUUUUGUAGAGUCUCUGAUCUCGGUUUGACAAAUGUACUCGCAAAUUUGAGCUUGGAAAACAGCGUUUGUCUUCUCUUCAUUUGUCUCAUUCAGAGCCAGUCAGACACAAGAUACUUUCAUGUAUUUGUGCCACAUAAAGUGAACAAAUGUGUACGGACUGGGCCUUUCGGCAAUAGACUAUCAUUUCCACUGAAUGUUUGUUCUCAUCGGCAUUCUUUAGAAUAUAACAGCCUGAUGUGA